AUCGUGUCGUUGUCUAAGUAAACUGGGGUAAAAAAAAACGUAUGUAAAAAUGUAUAAUCGGUGGGGAAACAAAUGUAUGACUGACUUGUCUAGCUAGCGACUCGUUCUCAAGGCUAGCUCCAUGAACAACCUGAAUGAUCCCCCAAGGUGGAAUAUCCCUGUUAGGCCAGACCCUGGAAGAGGUCCUGCAGACGGCAACCAAUGGAAUUAUGCCCUGCUCGUGCCCAUGCUGGGACUUGCAGCAUUCCGUUGGAUAUGGAGCCGUGAGUCCCAGAGAGAGAUCCAGAGUGUGAGGGCCCAGUACAACAGAAACAUGUCGACGGUGACCAGCGACCUGGAGGACAAGUACCGUGACUCCCUGACAGAGAACCGGCGUACGGCAGCCUUGCUGGAGCUGGAGCUGGAGAAAGAGCGCCAGCGUGUUGUGGGCUACCGCCAGGCCCUCAUCUCCCAGAGCCAGCAGCUCAUGGAGGAACGCAAGCAGCUGCAGCAAGAGAGGGAGCUUCUGGAGCAAGAGAAGAGGAAAGUUCUGGAGUCAGGUGCUGCCGGGGCCGUUUUGCGCCACUCCCUGGACCGGGAAAGCGAGUGGCACAGGCGUGCGUCGGAGAUGCUGAAGGAGCUGGAGGGAGCGCUGGUGGAAAGGCAGAGCGCCUACUGCAGCCUCAUCCUGCCAAGGGAGCAGAGGCUGGAGAUGGAGAAGAACCUCCUGCUGAAGGUGGUGAAGGAGCCACUGAAAGGAGACAUCGACCUGGAGACUGACCUUAAGGACAUUUUUAAGAAGGACCGGCACUGUGCUGACCUCCUCAACAUGGACAAGAGGAAGAACGGCAGCCUGAUGUGGGUCUACCUCCGAUACUGGCAGCUGCAGGUCACUAUGCAGAAACAUAAGAAAGCUGAGGAUGCCAUCAUGGGUACCAAAUCAAACUUUAAGUGACCUUUAUACAAGACUCUGGGUUGAUUUUCAGGACACAGAAAAAAACUAAUCAUGAGUACCUAUUAAAACUAGUCCUGAACAGAUAUUAAGGCUUGUUCAGGGUUUAGAUUAAGACUAAUAUUAAACAGAAUCUCAAAAAGGGUUUUCUCGAAACAUUUAGAGAAGACCCAUGAGGGUAAAUCUCUGUGGAAUUUUGGGGGUGAGAUAAAAUAAAGGAUCUUCCUUGAAAGCGAUUUGCAGUCUAGAACUAAGAGUCUAGGACUGCAAAACCUUUAAUUAGGAUUAUACCCAAGUUUAGGUAUCUUAAUCCAUGAUGUUCAUCAUACAUAUCUCUUGACUACUGACUAUUACCAUAGAACGUCUGCUGCAGAAACCCAUAUUAAUUACUAUAACCCAUACUGUCACAGUAAGUAAAUCAAAAAUAUUAUGAUGAUUUGACCUGAGAUGCUCUUUGUGCAUGACGUAGUCCCAGAUCCACAUUGGAUGUUAUUGUUUGGCUUCUCGCACUUACUGUACCAAGCAACUUACCCCAGGACAUGGGGCAGGAGACAGUAACAGGAAUAUAUUUGGCCUACAUUUUCUAUGUGGACUUCAGAUGGUGAGAAACCAGGUGGAAACUAUGCAAUAACUGUCUAAAGCCUAAUGCCUACCAGUCACGCACACAUGCUGUUGCAUGGGUUUUUCGUCAUAUUAGGUGGGGUUUAUGCCAUGGAUAUUAGUUAUUGAUGCCCAAGAGUGGAACUACUUGACAAUCACUGUUAAACAUGAUAUCAUGAAUAAGAAAUGGCCAAUAGCAGUAUGUUAUCUGUUAUUAUUUAGUUUAUUUGCUGCAUGUUCUGCAUGUGUAGAUGUGUGCUUCAUGAAUGUGUGUAGGAAAUAAGGGAAGGGUGUUCAUGAUGUCGGACUGGGGAUUCAGUUUCUCGGUCCUUCGUGUCCUUAUUAUAAAAUGUAUCAUAAUUAUAAAAGGUAAAAGGCAUCCUGGAUCCACUCUCUUGACCACAGGUAACCCUGUGGAGCUCAUAAAAACUGCUACAUUGUUUAGCAGCAGCACUAAUCUAUUGUUUUUGCACAACUCUACACCUCCUUAGCCAGAUAGAAUAGCUGGUACCAAGCUUGAAUUAAGAGUUAGAUUUGUCUGUAAAUGUAAAGAUAUACACACAAUUGUGUGUAAAUAGUAUGCACCAUCAAAAAGACAUUGGGAGACCAUCCUUUACAAUCCUAUGAAUAAAGCCUUUGUGUGGAUUUACUGUUUAUAAGCCUUUGUCUUCCUGAUUAGCUUGGGUUAGGGUUAGCUGUUGACUUACUUAAACCUAGUAUCUUCGACCAAAUUGAUUUAAAAAAAAAAAAGGAUGUUAAAGAGAAAGCCUAAGAUACAUCCCACACCAAAAUUUAAAAACAAACUUUACAACUCGAUGUCAUUGGAUUGUUGUUAAUUUCUUCAGUAUUUACUGUGGUAACGUGAGCGUAUAAGAAACAUCAGCCCUGAGUUAUAGUCUAAUGUGGGAUGUGUCACAUGCAAUGGCAGAACUCAAGUAAAGCACAGCCACCUUGGCUUCUCUUUGAAAGUUCUUCAUGAAAGGCCAAAGCGGGUAUUGGCUCAUCUCAGGCCAGAUAUUCCAGGCCAAAUAGUUCACUGGUAAUUCAAUUAUGUCAUUUAGUAGUGGCAUUUGAGCAGUAGUAUCAAUAUCAGUAAAAAAGUACUUUAGUUUGUGGUUGUGUAAUACCAUUGAUUGCUAAAAAGCAGGUGUUAACUGCUCAUGGCAAGACUUAUAAAUGUAUAAAUAAUCCAUAUGAAGAAAGGUUUGUGAGGAAGAAUGUCAAAUGUUCACACCAUCUGACAAGUUAUGUUAUAAAGUAAAAAUUCGAAUACAAUUUCAA